CUGUGGAGCCCAACAGUCACAACAAGAGGAGGAAGAGGAAAAACGACAGCUCUGGAUCGUCGUCGACUGCCUUGCGUGACAACACAGGGAUCGCGUUCAGGCUUCGGGUUGCCAAUUUGACCUGCAACAUGUCAGACUUAUUGAGAUAUAUCGACUAUGACCAUAAAGCCACUUUUCUGAAGAUGCUCAACCAACAGAGGAUGGAAGGUGAGCACUGUGAUGUGGUGGUGGUGGUGGAAAACAUUGAGUUCAGGGCUCAUCGCUGUGUCCUGGCCGCCUGCAGCAACUACUUCAAAAAGCUCUUCAAGAAGCAGAGCGACGAGGACAACUCCAUCGUGGAGUUGGACUUCAUCCGCUCCGAUAUCUUCGAAGAGGUGCUCAAUUAUAUGUACACAGCACGGCUGGCUGUGAGGAAGAAGGACAUCAAUAUGAUGAUGUCAUCUGGCCAAAUCCUGGGCAUCAACUUCCUGGAUAAUCUGUGCACCCAGAAACGCGAGCUGACCAACAUGAAGACCCGGGAGAACCAGGCCCCCGGCGACCACGGGAUGCGAGCCCAGGACGCCAUCCUGAAGGAGCUGGCCAUGGAGGAGGUGAGGAAGAACAGCUUCUAUGACCAGGGUAUGGAUGGUAUGGGUCCUGGGGGCUCUCACGUGUCUCAGCCACACAACUACAACACCAACAUGAGCAAAGACCCCCACAGCCACGGCUGGGGCUCCUCCUCCUCCAGCGACAUGAAGCUGGAGUACCUGCUGUACGGCCACCGCGACCACGGCUCCUGCCAGAGCACAGGUGCGAAGCCCAUGGACCACAACGCCAAAAAGGAGCGUCUGCUCACCGCCAACCGCCCCUACGGCUGCGAGCACUGCCCCAAAGCCUUCACCACUGCCGCCCACCUCAAAGAGCACCUGAAGAUCCACUCCGGCUUCAAGCCGCACCGCUGCGUGGUGUGCGGAAAGGCCUUCAUCAGGGGCCCCGACCUGAAGAGGCACGAGAGGGUCCACAGCAACGAGAGGCCCUUCGCCUGUCAAAUGUGUGAAAAGGCCUUCAAGCACAAGUCCCACCUGAAAGACCACGAACGGCAGCACCGGGGCGAGCGGCCAUUCAACUGCGGCUCCUGCGACAAAGCCUUCAUAAAAGCGUCGGAUCUGAAGCGCCACUGGAACACCAUGCACAGCGGCAACCCCCGCAGACAGAUGUCUCUGUCUCCCGCCGCCUCCCAGCACGGCACGGCAGAGGCCGCCGACCAGAGAGACUGGAAAAUGGAGACCGGGCCACACUCGCACAACUCGGGGGACUGUUGAGCCUGCAAACACACCAAACAUAAGCACACAUACUGACAACACAGACACACUUACAUGCAUCACUCAAACUUAAACAUGUAUACACACUGACACAACCCCCCUGUGACAGGCCGCGUGGCCUGACAUCACACGGACAAUGAUCGGAGUGAGUAACGAGAGAUCAUAGCAUGUUCAUAAGACUGUCGGGCUGUAUUAUUAUUCUAAAGAGUUAUGUCAAAAACGAUGUUUUCUUUCCACUUGUAAAAUCAUGUAAAUGUUUAGUUCACUCUACUAUACAUAUAUUUUUCACAAAGCAUCGUUGCUAUCUAGACUGGGGGUUCUCAUAACAUUAUUCUCUUUUACUUUUAUGGGAUAUGUAACAUUUAAAUGUUUGUUUAACCUUUAAUGGAUUUUAUGGAGAUAAAAGAGAGAAACAGUGGGGAUGGGGAAAAAAAAGAUUUUCUGCAUAACAUUUGUUGCAUUGAGUAUAUUCAUGUGGAUGUUUUUAAUGGAUGUGUUUAGUUGUAUUGAUUGAUAUUACACUGUAAGAGUAAGAGUCACCAUUUUGCAUUUGACACAGAUGAUACCAAAGUCUUGGGCCUUUGUCGGAUUGUCUUAAACGACUGUCCUGCCCAAGCAACCGGCCAACUAGAUUUACUGUUAUACAGUAUAACUGUCAUCCAGCUAUCAACAGUUAAUGAUAGAUGUCUGUAUAUACUGUAGCUUAGUUUGUUGCACAAUUAGAGUACACAAUAAUGAAUUAUGCACAUAUAACAUUGUCCUACUCCUACACUUUGACAAUAAACACCAUUUGCUGUGUUUUA